AUGGUGUCUAAGGUUUUGGUGAUAGCAAUGUGUGCGUUAGCUGUGGUUACAGCGGAGCAUGCGCACUCCUCUCAGCACAUCCACAAAUACGACGGCCAUCACCAUCCCGUUGAAAUAAAAGACGAGCACGGACAUCAUCACGUCGACUACUAUACACAUCCUAAGUACGAGUUCAAGUAUGAAGUGAAGGACUCUCACACUGGAGACCACAAGGAGCAGCAUGAGCACCGCGACGGUGACAGCGUGAAGGGAGAGUACUCCUUGCACGAACCUGAUGGCUCCGUCAGGCAUGUUCACUACCAUGCUGACAAACAUUCCGGUUUCCACGCGGAAGUAAAGCACAGCACUCACCACAUUGUACCUGAGAAGCAUUAUCAUCAUCAUCACUAAGCUUGUUUACUUGUACUACCAAAUAUUGUAAUCUGUUCUAUUACAUUUUGUUAUUUUGAUGUGUAAAUAAAUGUUUGUAUCUUUCUUAA